GACCUAAACAUUGAAAAUUAAAAAAGAAACUUUCCAAUUAGCCAGAUAUUCUAUACUGAAGAAAAAACGCACUGCAAACUAUGUUUCUAUAGAGGAUUCGCCACCCUGUGAUCUUAUCAACCAAGAGGAAAAGAAGGGAGGCAAAUUGACCUGCCAUUUUCAACCGCGCCAGGUUGACGCAGACUCGCUCCUCGCUCCAGUCAGUAACAGUUCUUGUCGGUGUGUUUCGCUCCAGUUUCGCUUCAUUGCCACGCUCUAAAUUCUACAGUAGCUUAAGCGAAAGAUCUCGACGAUGAGUGGGAAGAACAUGAUCUCGCUCGAGGAAGGUUGGGACCAGGAAAUUAAACCCAAGGCCAUCGACGUGCUGCUGGAUAUCCUGGACAAGGGCUUUGAUCAAGUGAAGGUGUCGCCCUUCCCGCCCAAUGCCUUCAUGCCCAUCUACACGACGUGCUACAAUAUGUGCACACAGCGCUCGCCGUACAAUUUCUCCGAGCAGCUUUACGACCGCCACGGCCAGACUUUCGACACGUAUCUGGAGCAGAAGGUGCUGCCCAGUUUGGAGCAGGCACAUGACGAGUUCUUCUUACAAGAACUCGUCAAGCGCUGGACUAACCACAAGCUCAUGAUGAAGUGGAUGACCCGCUUCUUCAUGUACUUGGAUCGCUACUACGUCAAGCACCACUCGCUGCCGACACUGGACGAUGCUGGGCUGCAGAGCUUCGACCACAUGGUCUUCCAGAAGGUCAAAGUACGCGUUAAAGACGCCAUGAUCGAGCUCAUUGAGAAGGAGCGCAACGGAGAGAUCAUUGACACGACGUUGAUGAAGAACUGCGUCGAGAUCUUUGAGGUCAUGGGCAUGAAAUCCCUCGACGUCUACCAGAGCUGUCUGGAGGCGGACCUUGUAGCCACUAGCGCUGUCUACUACGAGCGCAAGUCCAAGGGCUGGCUCAGUGAAGACUCGACGCCCGUGUACCUCCAGAAGGUCGAGGAAGCUCUGCAGAGCGAACGCAAUCGUGUGCACACAUACCUGCACAAAUCCACGGAGCCGAAACUCGUCAAGAAACUGGAGAGUGUGCUGCUUGAAGCGGCACAGAAGGAGCUCAUUGAGAGGGAGAACUCUGGUGUCAUUGCAUUGUUGAAGAACGAUAAGCUCGAGGACCUGGCGCGUAUGUACCGUCUGUUUGCUCGCCUUAAGAACGGACUGGAGCCGAUUGCAGACCUGGUGCAGCAGCACAUUACGGCUGUGGGUAACGAUAUCGUCGCCAAGCGCGCUAAUGCUGUAGCUUCGGGCAACGUGCGUGACCCCAGCUCGGACCCCACGUUUAUCAAGGAUAUUCUCGCUAUCCACGACAAGUUCCGCAGCAUCGUGAACGAGCAAUUCGCUGGUAAUUCGCUGUUCCAGAAGGCUCUGAAGGAAGCUUUUGUCGAGUUCGUUAACAAGGAUGUGGGUCCGGACAGCUCGGCCAAGCUGAUGAGUACGUUCUGCGACCGUAUCCUCAAGACUGGAGGCGAGAAGCUCAGUGAUGAGCAAGUGGAGGACUAUUUGGAGAAGGUGGUGUUCGUGUUCUCGUACCUUACGGACAAGGAUCUAUUCGCUGAAAUCUACCGCAACCAACUUGCUAAACGUCUGCUGAACCAACGCUCUGCUUCUGCAGAUGCCGAAGUGCUGAUGAUCGGUAAGCUCAAGCUGCGUUGUGGUGCGCAGUUUACCGGUAAGAUGGAAGGCAUGAUGAACGAUCUGGCUAUUGGAAGUGACCACCACCAGGAGUUUGAGGGAUUCUUGAAGAAACAACGUGAAAGCGACUCGAACGAGGCUGCCUUGAAUCUCGAGUUUAGCGUUCAGGUGCUGACGACCGGUUACUGGCCGUCGUACCGUAUUUUGGAGGUCACAAUGCCGCCGCUUAUGGUCCGAUGCAUGAACCUCUUCAAGGUAUACUACGACUCGAAGACUAGCCACCGUCGGUUGCAGUGGGUACACUCGCUGGGUAACGCGACGAUCCGAGCCAACUUCCCCAAGAAGAAAUGGUACGAUCUGCAGGUGUCGACGCUGCAGGCUGUUGCGCUGCUUCUGUUUAAUGAAGGCGAAGGCGCGUUGUCGUUCGAAGCUGUACGCGAGUCGCUGAACCUUACAGUGGAUGUGGUGAAGCGCAUUAUGCACUCACUAUCGUGUGGUAAGUACAAGCUACUGACCAAGACUCCUGCCGGCAAGACGAUCUCGACCAGCGACCAGUUUGCCGUGAACAAGACGUUUGCUUCACCGAUGCGUAAGCUGCGUAUUCCGAUGGCUUCUCUGGAAGAAAGCCACAGUCAGAAGAACGUUGAAGAGGACCGCAGUAUCGCCAUAGAAGCCGCCAUCGUGCGUAUCAUGAAGGCACGUAAGACGCUUCAGCACCAGCAGCUUAUCUCGGAGGUGCUGAGCCAGCUGGCCUUCUUCAAGCCGAAUCUCAAGGUGAUCAAGCGUCGUAUCGAGGCUCUUAUCGACCGCGAAUACCUCGAGCGCGACCCCGAUCAAGCCAACACGUACCGCUACCUCGCAUAAGCGAAUUACCGGAGUCCCGUAUGACACAGCGCGUUUGGUUCGAUAUAUGGCGCAAAUAAACGUGUCUUUGGUCCUGAUAGCAUGAAGUUGUGUCGUUUUGUGGAUUAAAAUGCAGGUUAAAUGGACAAGAGUGGUGUGUCUAAGGAAAGGUGACCGACUGCGUGUGUAUUACAGUGUGGAUAUGCAUCUACUUUUUGAAGAACCGGUUGAGUGCCGUGGGUGCGCUCUCUGCCUUUUCAUUCCACUGGCGCUGCUGUUCCUGCCGCUCUUGACGUUUCUGCUUGUUGGCUAGCUGCUCGCGGAAUUGCUGCUUCUGUGCGUCCACGACGUUCUGUUGCUUCUUGCGUAGUCG